AUGCAGACCCACAACCUCACAGUGGUGACUGACUUCAUUCUUAUGGGCAUCACUGACCGCCCAGAGCUGAAAGAACCAUUAUUUGGACUGUUCCUCAUCAUCUACCUGAUCUCAUUGGUUGGCAACUUGGGCAUGAUCAUUCUCACCAUGGUGGAUUCCAGGCUGCAAACACCCAUGUACUUCUUUCUCAGACACCUUGCUACUACAGAUCUUGGUUAUUCAACUGCUGUGGGACCCAAAAUGUUAAGAAAUUUUCUUGUGGAUCAAAAUACAAUAUCUUUUUAUUCUUGUGCUAUCCAGUUGUCUUUCUUUAUUAUAUUCAUUGUUAGUGAAUUCUUUAUUCUCUCUGCAAUGUCUUAUGACCGGUAUGUUGCCAUCUGUAAACCACUCCUCUACACUGUCAUUAUGUCACAAAGAAUAUGUUGGAUACUAGUCACCAUUCCCUAUCUCUAUGGUAUAAUUGUAUCACUUCUACUUACCAUAAAGAUUUUCACUUUGUCCUUCUGUGGUCCCAAUGUCAUCAGUCAUUUCUACUGUGAUGGUCUCCCCUUGUUAACCUUGGCCUGCUCAAACACACAUGAAAUUGAAGUGAUAGUUUUAAUCUUGUCAGCUUUUAAUUUGCUGUCUUCUCUUCUGGUCGUCAUUGUGUCCUAUCUAUUCAUCCUUACAGCUAUUCUCAAGAUGAACUCAGCUGAGGGCAAAAGGAAGGCUUUCUCUACAUGUGGGUCCCAUCUGACAGUAGUCAUUAUCUUCUAUGGGACUUUGAUAUUUAUGUAUUUGCAGCCAAUGUCCAUUCACUCCUUUGACACUGAUAAAGUGAUUUCUGUCUUUUACACCCAGGUUAUCCCUAUGUUGAAUCCCUUAAUCUAUAGCUUGAGGAACAAAGAUGUAAAAGAUGCCGUUAAGAAAACAGUGGGAAAGCUGUGCAAUAUUGUCUUGUAG